GGGCGAUUUCUAUGAGCUUGGCCCGUGGCCCGUAACUCCUCACAGGCAAAACGUCAAACACCUUGCGCUCGAACCCAAUACUGGAUCCUGGAACCACAUCUUCGGCUUUGAUUCGAGUUCGAGCACUCGAGCAAAGCCGAGUAGAAAUUACUCCCAAGAAUGCACAGUUCUCCUUUGGAUCUUCUUUUCCGUUGCUGAAACAGUGAACACUUCGCCGAAACGAACGCCGAACAGCACUACGGAUAUCCACCGUCCGAGCGUCGUGAGGGAGGGAGCUUUCAGAAGAAUCAAAAGAAUCAGGCCACCGACCACCGAACACCGACCACCGCUCACCGUCGUGAGGGGGGGAGCUUGGCUUGGCGUGAGGUGUGCUGUUAGUCCUAAAAUUCAGCAAAUUUGCAGAUUUGUGCUUGUCGUUGAGCUGAGCUGAGAUUACAGAGGAGCUCCCAUUACAGAUUUGGAGGUUUCGGUACAGGGCACUGGGUUCUGUCGGAAAAUAAUAUCUGUAAGCGGGUUCUUUCUAGGGUUUUACCUAUACUUCGGAAAAGUCUAAGAAGGGUAGAUUGCUGAUUUUCUUGAGGUGGGCAAAUUGAAUCAGGGCUAGAGGUGUGGGAGUGAAAGUGUAGGCUGAAGUUUCACUUUGCAGUGGAUGAUGCCCAAAAGAUGGCUUGGAAGUUUGUUUCUGCUCCUAGCUGGGAUGUUUUCCAGAGCACUUGGUGCAUUUGUAGGAAUAAACAUUGGGACUGAUGUUUCCAACCUUCCAUCAGCUCAAGAUGUCGUUGCGAUCCUUAAAGCACAUCAGAUAACUCAUGUGCGUCUUUUUGAUGCUAAUGCUGACAUGUUGAAUGGCCUUUCAAGGACUGGGAUUGAAGUCAUGGUCAGUGUGACCAAUGAGGAAGUCUUAGGGAUCGGAGAAUCACGGGCAGCAGCGGCAGCAUGGAUUAAUAAGAAUGUUGCAGCUCACCUGCCUUCAACCAACAUCACAGCCAUUGCUGUUGGCAGUGAGGUUCUUUCUUCAAUUCCUCAUGCUGCCCCUGCACUGGUUCUUGCCAUGAAUUACCUUCAUAAAGCCCUAGUUGCAUCAAAUUUAAAUUUUCAGGUCAAAGUUUCAACCCCUCAAUCUAUGGACAUUAUCCCUAAGCCUUUCCCCCCAUCUGCUGCUUCCUUCAAUUCUACAUGGAACUCCACAAUUUACCAGCUUCUUCAGUUUUUGAAGAACACAAAUUCCUUUUACAUGUUAAAUGCUUACCCAUAUUAUGGAUACACCAACGGAAAUGGCAUUUUCACAAUUGAGUAUGCUCUUUUUAAGGCAGUUUCCUCAGUAAAGCAGGUUGUUGACCCAAACACACUUUAUCAUUAUAAUGGCAUGUUUGAUGCUAUGGUGGAUGCAACUUAUUACUCUAUACAAGCUUUCAAUUUUUCUGGGAUCCCAAUUGUUGUGACGGAAUCUGGCUGGCCAUGGCUUGGUGGAGCUAAUGAACCCGAUGCUACUGUAGAAAAUGCUAAGAUCUUCAAUACUAAUUUGAUUCGACGGGUUUUAAAUGAUUCAGGUACUCCUUUUCAGCCAAAUAUACCUGUUAACACUUACAUUUAUGAGUUAUUCAAUGAGGACAAGAGACCUGGGCCGGUUUCAGAGAAGAACUGGGGCUUGCUUUUCACCAAUGGGUCUGCUGUUUACCCUCUGGUGUUGAAUACCUCUGACCAAAUUACAGGGAAUUCAUCUGUGGUUUUCUGUGUGGCAAAAGAAGAUGCAGAUUCCACCAAGCUGCAAAAUGGGCUCAGUUGGGCUUGUGGGCAAGGGCAGGCUGACUGCAGUGCUAUUCAAGCAGGACAGCCAUGUUAUUCUCCCAAUACUCUCCAGAACCAUGCUUCUUUUGCUUUUAAUGAUUACUAUCAGAAAAAACAUGCUGUUGGUGGAACCUGUGACUUUGAUGGUGCUGCCACAACAACCACUGUAGAUCCAAGUAAUGGGACGUGCAUUUUUACGGGGAGUGUCAAGUCUAACACAAGUGGGGGAGUCACACCUGCUGCAUUUGGACCGGAGAGUGCCACCGCAGGCAGUUCGAUCCUGCAAGUUCCCCUUGGAUUUUUGGUUCUAGCAAUGUUUCUUGCUUCAAUUCCUCUGAUGUGAUUCAUGUGAAUGGCUAUUCAAUUUUGCACCAGCUUGAUCAGUUCGUGCACUACUUUCAAGGAUGCGUCAUGGUUAAAAUCUUUAAGUAUGAGCUCGAUACAAGGAUGUGUUGUUGUUAAGUCUCAGUAUUAGUCUUGUUUAUGUACUUUAUUACCCUCUUUUGUUUUAUUUAUUUUUGGAUGGGGGGAAGGUAGGCUGCUUGGGUUUGAUUUUUUGGGUCAGUGUAUUAUAUACCAUUGAAACAGAGACUUAGGUGUUGGUUUUGUUUCUCAACAAGGGAAAAAACAUUUGAGAUGAGUAUUGAAUUCCCAUCUUUUGACUCAAUUUAGUUGCAAAAAAAAUAAAUUGUCAUCUUAUUUUUAAAUA